AUGAAGGGAGAUACCGCCGAGGAGCUGAGCCGCAUCCACAACGCUGUCACCGCCGCAGUCAACGCACAGGAGAGCAUCGGACGUCCUAUCAACUCGCAUGGGAUGGACCUGUUCAACCACCUGGUCGUCGAACUGUUCGACGCACGCACUCGUCUCGAAUGGGAGUCAACCACUUCAGACUCCACCGAACCACCACAGAACGAGGCACUUCUCGACUUUAUUAGUCGACGAGUAUUGACGCUCAACGCCGCACGACCGAGGAGUGUCACAAAGGGACCUGGAGAAACAUCACGAUUCGCCAAAGCGCACGUCACGAAGCACCAAGGCGCGGAUUCACCUCACUGUGCACUGUGCCGUGAAAACCAUACCUUGAUGACGUGCAAAAGCUUCAAGGCCAAGACUGCGGUUGAGCGGAAAACGUUCGUGGAGACCAACCGACUGUGCUUCAACUGCUUAGGCAAUCAUUUCUUAGCACGGUGUCAGUCAAAAAAGAAUUGCCUCACCUGCAACGCACGACACCACACCAUGCUGCACGGGGCAUCCACAUCAACACCAUCCGCUGAGGCCACUUCACUUGCCACCACACUGGUCACUGCACGGCAAGCUAAGACGCACAAGGCCGUCCUUCUCGCAACCGCUCGCGUCAAGGUCGCUGAUCGAUACGGAUCACCACACGAGGUUAGAGUCUUGAUAGAUCAGUGCUCCGAGGUGUCCAUCAUCUCUGAGGCUCUGGCUCAGCGUCUUCGGCUGCCUCGAGCUUCAACGGAUCUGUCCAUCUUCGGCAUCGGAGGGACUCGCUCUGGAUCAGCGCGUGGCAAGGUCACGAUAGACAUCACAUCUGACGUGACCAAUGCCGAGCUUCGCGUGGUGGCCUUUGUGCUGCCGCGCAUCUCAUUGCAACAAGGCACCGCUCAACGUGAAGAUCGUAGCUGGCCUCACAUCCACGGACUUCGAUUGGCCGACCCGCGCUUCCUGGAUGACGAUCCUGCGGAGUUACUUCUGGGAGCAGAAGAACGCGAGCCAGUAGCUGGGACACCGCUCACCGCCGACGAAGCCAGGUGCGAAGACUUCUACGUGCGCACGGUCACUCGCACGUCCAGUGGCAGGUACAUGGUGAGGCUGCCAUGUACUUCACCGCCGCCGACAUCGCUCAGCGAGACUCGUCGACCCGCAGAGCGCCUCCUGGAAGCCAUGGAGCGGAAGGGAGCACGAGAUCCUCGCUUCGGUGACCUCUAUCGAGAUUUCAUGGAGGAAUACGAGAACCUGCAACAUAUGGAGCGCACACGGUCCGGAGAGUCGCUGAACGCACACCUCCUCACUGGAGCCAAUCUCUUGCCAACACUCGCUGAUGUCCUACUUCGUUGGCGUUGGCAUCGGUACGUUCUCGUCACGGAUAUCGAGAAGAUGUACCGACAAAUUCUUGUACAUCCGGAGGAUCGUCGCCUGCAAACCAUCUUGUGGCGCCACACCAGCUCUGAUGACGUCCACGAGUACGAGCUGAGGACCGUGACCUACGGGCUAGCGUGUGCACCCUUUCUCGCCAUCAGGACUCUUCAUCAACUCGCAGCAGACGAAGAGGCACGAUAUCCACGCGGAGUCAAGGCACUGCGACACGACUGCUACGUCGACGACGUGGUCACCGGCGCUGAUAGCUUGGAGGACGCUAUCGACCUUCAGCAGGAACUACGGAGUCUUUGCAUGGUGCUCACCGGAGUUCCACCGGAACAUCGGCAUCAACGCAAACCGCACUCAUGGGAGGGAGAGAGUCACGCUACCUUGGGCCUCCGAUGGCAUCCGCAAGGUGACUGGUUCUCCUUCACCAUACGUCCGCGUGCAAUCACCGACUUCACGAAGCGACGAGUUUUGGCCGAGACGGCUCGACUCUUUGACCCGAUGGGGUGGCUCGCACCUGUCGUCAUCAGAGCCAAAAUUCUGAUUCAGACGACGUGGCUUCAACGGCUGGACUGGGACUCCCCGCUGCCUGAUCAGGACGCACACCGCUGGAGGCAGUGUUGA